CCAGGCCCAGCUACUAAAGUGGGCAGGAGGGAAGGCGCUGCUGGCCAGCAGCUGCAAUGCACAGGGGAAUGCUUGCCAUGGGGCAGCUGCUGCUGUUGAUCCUGGCAAUGGCAGCUGCCCAGGAAUCUCUGCUGAACGUGUGCAUGGAUGCCAAGCAUCAGAAGACCAAGCCAGGUCCAGAGGAUCAGUUGCACAAACAGUGCUACCCCUGGAAAGACAACGCCUGCUGCACCCUCAACACAACUCAAGAGGCCCACCAAGAUGUCUCUUACCUGUACAACUUCGACUGGAACCACUGUGGGACCAUGUCCGAUAAAUGUAAGAAGCACUUCAUCCAGGACACCUGCCUCUACGAAUGCUCGCCCAACUUGGGGCCCUGGAUUAGCAAGGUGGAUCAGAGCUGGCGGAAGGAGAGGAUCCUGGAUGUGCCACUGUGCAAGGAAGACUGUGAGGCCUGGUGGGAGGACUGCCAGGACGAGAUGACCUGCAAAGAGAAUUGGCACAAAGGCUGGGACUGGUCCACAGGGCGCAAUCGGUGUCCAGUGGGCUCAAUGUGCCAGAAGCUGAGGCAUGUGUUCCCCUCUCCAAAAGAUCUGUGUGAGACGAUCUGGAGCAACUCCUACAAAUACACCACCCACUCCCGGGGAAGCGGGCGCUGCAUUCGGAUGUGGUUUGAUCCUGCCAACGGCAACCCCAACGAUGCAGUGGCGAGGUAUUACGCAUCGGCAGGAACGCCCUUGGCCUCCUGCGCAGCCUUGGCGCUGCUGCUCUUCUCCGCCCUGCCGGGCCUGCUCUGAAGAUGGCAGGGAGACUCAGCUCCUGAGACCCCCGGGCAGCAUCAGCUUUGCAGGGGGCGGUCCUCCUUCCUCCCCCACCGUGGCAGGAGUCUAGGGGGCUUUGGGGCGCCAGAAGAUAUGGCUGUUCCUCAAGGCCUCUCAUCCAGGGAUG